CCAGAGUUGGCAGUGAAACUUUCAGUACCGAAGCAACGAUCAGAGGAAAACGCGCCAGCAGAACGUUAGAGUUUCAUACAAAUCCACUCAAGGACGUGUUUUACCUCAAACUUACACUUCUUCGGCAAAGUUUCUUUGGAUCCUCUUAACCGCUUUUCUUUGGAAGCGAUGAUGUUCACCGGUUUCAACGCGGAGUGCGAUUCCUCCUCCCGCUGCAGCACCGCUUCUCCUUCCGUGGACAAUCUGGGAUACUACCCGUCACCAGCGGGAUCUUACUGCAGCAUGGGAUCUCCCCAGUCUCAGGAUUUCACAGACCUGAAAGCAUCAAGUGCCUCUUUCAUCCCCACUGUCACAGCCAUUUCAACAAGCCCAGAUCUGCAGUGGAUGGUCCAGCCUUUGAUCUCCUCAGUGGCCCCCUCUCACAGAGCUCACCCCUACAGCUCCAGCCCCAGCCCUGCUUACCCCAGACCAGCCAUGAGGUCGGCCGCGUCCAAGGCUCACACCUCUACCAAGAGGGGCAGAAUGGAACAGAUUUCACCUGAAGAGGAAGAGAAGAGACGUGUUCGCAGAGAGAGAAACAAGCAGGCAGCAGCAAAAUGCCGCAACAGGAGGCGAGAGCUGACAGACACACUGCAAGCUGAAACCGAUAUGCUGGAGGAUGAGAAGUCCAGCCUCCAAAAUGAUAUUGCCAAUCUUCUGAAGGAGAAGGAAAGGCUGGAGUUCAUCCUGGCUGCCCACCAACCCAUCUGCAAAAUCCCCUCUGAGCUGGACACUGACUUCUCUGUGGCCUCCAUCUCUCCUGCUCACUCAUGCCUCUCCACUGAAGUGUCUUCUAAGCCACAGGCCACCGUCCCCAAGACAACCAUCCUCACUUCCAACCAGCCCACCUUUACCUCAACCUCAAAUUCGAUCUUCUCCAGCAACAGCUCCGUCCUCCCUACCGCCGCCAUCUCUGACAGCACGGUGAAGAUGACAGACCUGGAGGACUCCGUCCUGGAGGAGUCCCUGGACCUGCUGACAAAGACUGAGAUGGAAACGGCAAGAUCAGUGCCAGAGGUCGACCUGUCCAACUCCCUCUACACAUCUCAGGACUGGGAGCCCCUCCACGCCUCAGCCAAUAACCAUGACUUUGAGCCCCUGUGUACACCUGUGGUGACCAUCACCCCUGCCUGUACCACCUUCACAUCUUCGUUUGUGUUCUCCUUCCCUGAGGCAGAGACCUUCCCCACUUGUGGCGUCGCCCACAGGAGAGGAAGCAGCAGCAACGAGCAGUCCUCUGACUCCCUCAGCUCACCAACCCUGCUGGCCCUUUAAAGACUCUUUCAGUAUCAUUAAUACUUCCUAUGAAGCACAUUUUCUUUUAUGUAUGAGGUCAAUGUGCAGACCACAGGGCUAUGGAAUGGCAGCAAAUUAUUUAUUGUUUUAUAUAUAUAUAGAUAUAUAUACAUACAUAUACUUGCCAAUUACACCAAUGUAGCAAGUUUAAAAGCAUGUUUUAACUAAUACCACCUAGUCAAUUUAUUACAUGUAUGAUUUUAAGGUGCUAGAGAACAACGUUGUUGUAGUAUUGAUGUGUGUUAAGAGCAAUAGUUAUUCUUGACCCCUUUUGUUUUCUGGUUAAUGGAAUGUGAGGAUAAUUGUGAACGUUUUGUGAAACUUAAAAAAAAAACUGACGUGCUUUGUCUUAACCAUGGUCUAAGUGGUCUAUUAUGAAGUUUUCUGUGAAAACAUUAGUGGUUUUAAUUUAUGAAAUUUCAAUUUAUUUUUUUACAAAGAAAAUAACAAUAACUGUUGUUUGUAAGCGAUGUAAAUAAACUAGUGAUAUUUAAAUUCA